UGUAACGUCCAUCAUUGUUCUGUUUGACACCGAGUUCUGUAUUCGCUUCGACGGGGUUCGACUUCGUGUUGCCAGUCUUUGAGUGGCCUGUUCGCUUGUCGCCGCCUUGGAUAUGACGCCCCUCUUGUGCGAUUGCCCUGCAGGCCGUCGGCAUGACCUUCAGCUCUACUACACUCUCGCCCAGUGCCGUCUCUAUCAUGGCGCUAGAUUUGUACUGUCGAUGACAUAAGGUUGUCGCCGCGCUCGUUUGUGUCCAGUAUAUAAAUAAAAGUACAGAGUCGUCUGGAGACGCACUGCCAUCGCGACCCUCAAUUCUCCGCCAUGGAUCGCUCCACCAAACCAAGUUUCAACUUUGUGAACCUCACACAUCCGGACGAUUUAAAGAAUGAAGAAACCCAACUUCGCAUCCGACGUUUGGCUAUGACUGAGGUCGGCAAAGCCAGGAGGAAACCCAAAGCGAAGAGGGCACGCAACGAGAUCAUCCUUGAAUUCCGAAAUCCAUUCGAAAGUCGCGUAGACAUUGAUCGGUUUGGUGGCGGUCAGCUUGACCCAUUCAAUCCUUAUCCAAUCGAACUGAAUGACUCCGAUCGAGCGUUGCUAGCGAACGUAUUCAGUACUGAGGACAACAAUCAUCCUAGUCAGCUUCGCGGCUCAUGGUACCCCGUUGGACUGAGCGAUGCAGCUGCUUUCUACAACAUGCUGUCAAAUUCCCAGAACUUCUUAUUCCAGAAACGCAACGGAUACUAUCCCUCCCAAGACGAUGCCAUAGCGCUAAGAUAUCAUAACAAAGCGCUUGGUCAUACCGCCCAGAUGAUGAAUGAUCCUAGCAAGCGUCUAAGUGACGAGGUCAUAGGUGCCGUGGUAUCUUUCAUGAUCCACUUUGUGGGUAAUAUGUAUUACAAUGACAGUGGCGAGGCUGACAUCUCCCAGGCUCUGAUGGGAAACUUCACUGGCGAUGACUGGCAUAAACACAGUAGCGCAUUAGUCAGAAUAGUGGAACUCCGUGGCGGCUACGAUGCCAUCGCGAAAGAGUACUUGCGAAUCACAAUCAGUUGGGCAGAUCUUAUAGGAAACUUCUAUCAAGACCACUCGCCAAUUGUUCCUAUGCCACCACAGUGGAUAGCAGACUCCAAAUCUCCACCGAAUUCUCCACGACCUUGUAGUGCUGUAUCCCUUGCAUGGAAACAAGUACUACCCAUGCAGCUCGACUUUAUCACAAUCUUCGAUGAUGUAGUACAACUGAUCUCUCUUGAUCGAGCUUUCAACGAACAGCAGCUGAUGCUAGCGAUCACGAGCGGUAGUUGGAUGGAACCAACCAUAUACCGCCUGUUGGCUAUUCGGCCUCUAAAUCACGGCGAUGACAGAGAGAUAGUCAUCGAAGAAGUGUGUAGACUUGGAACAUUACUCUUUCUGGCACCGCUCUGGAGAAAUUUUGGUCAAUCGCCCGUAUGGACAGCCGCCAUAUCUCGCAAUCUCCUACUUGUACUCACGAAGAACAUGAUCGAAUGGAACGACUUGAAGCCUUUUUUAAUUUGGGUGCUGUACUCUGCUGCCGUCGAGACCAAAGACCUUGCAGAACGAAGCCAAUUUGUGUUCAUGCUUGGAAUUCUGAUGAGUGGUAUGCAGCUACAUGAGUGGGACGAUAUCAUGUUAAUUGUUAAGAGUGUAUUAUGGGUAGAGAAGGUCUUUGCAGGCACAGAUGAGUUGAUUCGCGACGAAGUUAUGCAGAUCGUGAACCAUAAUCCUAUGAACAUCUUGCUGGCUGAAACUACGCCGCCAAGUUUCUUGGGAGACUUCGCGACUGAGACAGGUCAGGACUAGACUAAAUUUGGAAAGAGGAUAUCCCUGUAUUGCAGAAGCAAACGGCAGCACUUUGACUUUCGUACUUAGUUCCAAUUUCUUAUCGUUCCACUUCAUGUGAACAAGCUGUGGCGGA